AUGGGUCUCGCAGAGACGGACACGCCCACGCUCACCACCAGCACCGGCCCCAGCACUCUGCUGGUCUGCUCGCUGCCGCUGGCUCUGCUUGUUCACGCCUCUCUCUUUCACCCAGGAGCAUUCCGUGCCAGGCCAUGGACCAUCGCCUUCCCAGCUGCCCUCACGGCGGCAUGCCUUGCUUGGUCGCGCGUCGUCUCACGAGAGGUUCCUGAGCCAUACCUUGAUGAGGUGUUCCACAUCCCGCAGGCUCAGAAAUACUGUGAGGGCAAGUUUCGCGAGUGGGACGACAAGAUCACGACCCCCCCAGGACUGUACUUAUUCUCAGUAUUUCUCCCGCAACUCUGCGGCAAGCUCGGCAUAGACUGGCAAUUUCGCUGCGAUGCCACGAGCCUUCGUGCAGGCAAUGUUGUCAGCCUGUUUGCCCUUGCGUAUCUCGCGCUGCUCUGUCGCCAAGAGAUCGAGGCGCAGCUAUACGGAACACGCUUGCGUUCGCCAUCGCGUCCAUUUUCUACAUACGCGCUACAUACGGCAUUCAAUAUUGCCUUGUUCCCCCUUCUGUUCUUCUUCUCUGGGCUGUAUUACACCGAUGUGCUUUCUACGGCCGUCGUUGUGGGCGCCUUUCUCAACCACCUGAAGCGGGUGGCGCGAGACAGAAGCUCCGUUGCGAGUGACCUCUUCACAAUCGCAAUCGGAUUGCUAGCAUUGUUGAUGCGACAGACGAACGUGUUUUGGAUCGUCGUUUUCAUGGGCGGCCUGGAGGCUGUCCACGCGGUCAAGACCCUCCGACCCGAGCGAGUAGAUCAACCGUUCAUGACGACCCUUUGGGCUCAGCUCAAGUAUUUUGCCUGGCGAUACUCAGUCGGCGACAUACAUGACCUACCGCUAAGUCAUGCAUGGCACGAUGAUAUGCUCUACACGACAAUCAGUCUCGUCAUUGCGGCCGUCUGUAACCCGCUGCGCGUUGUGCGGCAAGUAUGGCCGUACGUAACGGUUCUCGGCUGCUUCGCCGCCUUUGUCGCCUGGAACGGGGGUGUCGUCCUAGGAGACAAGUCGAACCAUGUGGCCACGAUCCACCUGACCCAGAUGCUCUACAUUUGGCCCUUCUUUGCCUUCUUCUCGCUGCCGCUGCUACUUCCCUAUGCCGCUCCAUUCCUAUCUACGCUCAAUCUCAUGUUCAAGUCGCAACAGUCACAGUCGCAGUUCACGGUCCCUGUCCCCAGCGAACCUAGAAACAAGCCCUUUAAGGUUACUGCCUCGAGUAGCAGCAAGUCGACAAGCCAAAAGCAGGGUACGGAACCCGAAUCAAUUGCAGCCAAGCAGUCUCAGAUAUCCACCGCACUGGGCAUCGCCGAAGCGUCCAAGCCGCUGUCCUGGCCUUUGUACCUUAUCGGGACAGUCGUCAUCUCGGGCCUCAUGGUCCGUUUCAACACCAUCAUUCACCCUUUCACCCUGGCGGACAACCGCCACUACAUGUUUUAUGUCUUCCGGUACACCAUUCGACGCGCGGGCUGGAUCCGAUACGCACUCGUAUUAGCUUACACGGCCAGCCGGUGGAUGGUCUGGGGCAUUCUGGCUGGAUACAGCGACUUUUCGACGGCCUUUUCGACGGUAUCUGAUGGCGGCCCGUAUGUGAGUUAUCCGUUUUGGAUCGCGUAUAGUGAGAAGAGGCAGACCGAGGCCAAGUACCCGGCGCAGUUGCCAGCAGAUGACUCCCCGGCGGGCGACUCACAGCCACAGCGACAGCUGGCGGAUGACCCAUUCACCUACUCGACAAGAACUGUGUCGACGUCGACCGGGUUGAUCUUCCUGCUCGCAACAUCUUUUUCGCUCGUCACCGCGCCUCUGGUUGAACCCAGGUACUUUAUCAUUCCAUGGUUAAUGUGGAGGCUAUUUGUCCCUGCAUGGAGGUUGCCGGAUCAUCGAUCUCUUGGCGGCGAGGGUACGGUUGCCGACAGGGCGAUUCGGGUCUUCAGACAGUAUGAUGUACGUCUGCUCUUGGAGACUGUGUGGUUUGCGGCGAUAAACCUGGCGACGUGCUACAUCUUCAUCGCGAAGCCGUAUGUGUGGCGCGCCGAGGACGGGACGGUGCUGGAUGAUGGGCGUAUGCAGCGCUUCAUGUGGUAG